AUGUUGGUGAAGCAGCAGCAGCCACAUCCUGUCACAGAGAAGCUAACCCCAGACCUCCGGCUACAGGAGGAGAAGCCAACCCUAAACCUCCGGCUACAGGAGGAGAAGCUAACCCCAGACCCCCGGCUACAGGAGGAGAAGCUAACCCUAAACCUCCGGCUACAGGAGAAGCUAACCCCGGACCUCCGGCUACAGGAGGAGAAGCUAACCCCAGACCUCCGGCUACAGGAGGAGAAGCUAACCCCGGACCUCCGGCUACAGGAGGAGAAGCUAACCCCAGACCUCCGGCUACAGGAGGAGAAGCUAACCCAAGAUCUCCGGCUACAGGAGGAGAAGCUAACCCAAGAUCUCCGGCUACAGGAGGAGAAGCUAACCCCAGACCUCCGGCUACAGGAGGAGAAGCUAACCACAGACCUCCGGCUACAGGAGGAGAAGCUAACCCCAGACCUCCGGCUACAGGAGGAGAAGCUAACCCCAGACCUCCGGCUACAGGAGGAGAAGCUAACCCCGGACCUCCGGCUACAGGAGGAGAAGCUAACCCCAGACCUCCGGCUACAGGAGGAGAAGCUAACCCCGGACCUCCGGCUACAGGAGGAGAAGCUAACCCCAGACCUCCGGCUACAGGAGGAGAAGCUAACCCCGGACCUCCGGCUACAGGAGGAGAAGCUAACCCCAGACCUCCGGCUACAGCACCAGCUCCCAGCGGGACGAAGCCCAGGUACGAGUCAGUCUGCACCUGAGACCGUAGCCUCAAAUACACAGGACAUUUUAGGACGUUUUAGGACGUUUUAG